GAUCUGAUAUCGCUUCUCUAACCUAGGGUUUGUCCUUUGUUUUCCGAUUUCGAUCUCACCUGCACUUGCCAUCGAAUUAGGGUUGGGGUUUCGUAGGAUCAGAAGCCGUCAUGCCGAAGAACAAGGGAAAAGGAGGUAAGAACAGGAAGAGGGGAAAGAACGAGGCGGACGACGAGAAAAGGGAGCUUGUGUUCAAAGAGGACGGCCAGGAGUACGCUCAGGUUUUGCGUAUGCUCGGAAACGGCCGCUGUGAGGCCAUGUGCAUCGAUGGCACCAAGCGUCUCUGUCACAUCCGUGGUAAGAUGCACAAGAAGGUCUGGAUCGCCGCCGGAGACAUCAUCCUCGUUGGCCUCCGCGAUUAUCAGGAUGAUAAGGCUGAUGUGAUUCUCAAGUACAUGUCAGAUGAGGCCAGGUUACUGAAGGCAUAUGGCGAGUUGCCUGAGAAUAUUAGGGUGAAUGAAGGCAUUGCGGGUGCUGGAGAAGAAGACACUGAAGAAGUUGAAGAUUACAUUCAAUUUGAGGAUGAAGAUAUUGACAAGAUCUAAAAUUUGCACUUACCCUCUGUUUUUUAUUUGCAAUUAUGAUGCUAUUCCAUAUUACUAUUAUUAUUGUGAAAACGAAUAGAGACCUUAUUGUGUGAUCUUUUGUGCAUCGGAUCUAUGUACAAUAUUUACACUUUGGCGACCAAGAACAAUAAAUUUGUCUUAUGGAAUGUUAUUCCUUGUAUCUCUCCUUGUGUGUUGAUCAAUAUCUACCCCGAAGAUUGAAAUGCAUCUCUAGGGGAGAAGAAAGCAUUGGAAGUCCG